AUGAAGGAGAAAAAUACUUCUAUGGUAGAUGAGGUUUCGUUAGAAAGACGCGAGAGUCCGAAUGUCAGCCACGAGCCGGCCCCGGAUGCAUUGUUGGAUAAGGCUGGUAUCUUCCUUACUGAAAGAGAAGGAGUCUAUGGAGAGAUAGACGAAGCCGAUGAGAAGAAAAUUGUACGCAAAAUCGAUUGGAUACUUUUACCUAUGCUUUUUUUAACUGCCACUUUGGGUGCAGUUGAUAAAGUUUCCUUGAGUACUGCAGCCAUAUAUGGAUUCAUUGAGGAUAAUCAAUUAGUGGGCCAACAAUAUUCAUGGUUGGGUUCUAUUAUAUUCAUAGGUUCACUUGUAGGAAUGUGGCCAAUGUCUUUUCUAUUUCAAAAAUUCAGACUUGGCUUGGUUUUAGCUACUGCGUCAUUGACUUGGAGUGCGUUUACUUUCCUACUUUGUGCUGGCCACAACUUUGCUGGUUUUGCUACCUUGCGUUUCUUGAUGGGUUUCGUUGAAUGUGCUAUUGUUCCUGGGUGUACUUUAAUGGUUACUCGAUUCUACAUAAAGAGAGAGCAAGGUCCUAGAUUGGCAUAUGUGUUCGCUUUUGCUUCUUCAAUUAUCAAUGGAUUCUUAUCUUGGUUAAUUGGCCAUUUUGGCAGUGAAAUUCCUAAAUGGAAGUAUCUAUAUAUAAUGGUAGGGUCUAUCUCUACUACGUGGAGUUUGUUCCUUUUCUACUAUUUGCCUGAUACGCCUAUGAAUGCGAAGUUUUUGAAUGAUAGAGAAAAGUACUUUCUUAUUAAAAAAGUCCUCAAGAACCAAACUGGUAUAGAGACCAAAGAUUGGAAAUUGGAGCAAAUGUUUGAAGCACUUUUGGAGCCAAAGUCCUAUAUUAUUAUGAUUUUCAAUAUAGGAAUAAAUAUUCCAAAUGGCGGUCUUAACACUUUUUCAUCGAUUAUAAUCAAUAAUUUAGGAUUCUCUGCCAUGGAGUCAUCAUUAAUGAGUAUGCCUACAGGAUUAGUUGCAACUUUGGCAACAAUAGGCUUCACAUAUAUUACUACCAAAUUUCCAAAUAGAAGAUGUUUGGUUUGUGUCAUCUCACUAUUGAUUCCAUUAGUCGGGGCUGUAAUCCUCUACACUGUGGACAGAUCCAAGGUUGGCCCGCAAUUAUUUGGCCUCUAUUUACUUUAUUUUUAUUUUGCUCCUUAUGUAAUCAUGAUGUCUUUAGCUCAGGCUAACACUGCUGGAAACACGAAAAAAUCGCUGGUUUACAGUAUCAACUAUCUAGGUUAUGCCGCAGGGGCUUUAAUUGGACCUCAAACGUUUAGAUCCAAUCAAGCACCACGAUAUACAGGUGGAUUCACUGCUAUGAUCGCGGCAUACUGUGUCUGUAUUUUACUUAGCUUACUUUAUUGGUUCAUUUGUGUUUUGAACAAUAGAAACAAGAGAGCUGUGCUAAAAUCGAACCAAAACUGUGAAGUUCAAAUCGUUGCCACCGCAAAGGAGGCAGAUGAAUUGUAUGACUUGACUGAUAAACAGCAAAUAACCUUUUUUUACACUACUUAG